CACAAAAACUGUUCCUGUACUUGGCUCUGCCAUUUCUGUGCCACUCUCACCCUUCCCUCCCUACUCUAUAUUACGGCCGCAUUUUUUGAUUUUUCCGUUUGGUUCUUCUCUCUGUUUCGCUGCUGAUUCCAUGGAAUCGCGAGUGUUGUCACGCGCCACCGCCUUCUCCUCCUCCUCUCUCCCCUUCCUCCGCAGGCUCCCGCGCGACUCCCACGGUGCUUCCUUCCUCUCUGUCAAGCCGAUCGGGGCCGUUGCCGACGGCGGCAAUCUUAUCUGGGGAAGGCAGCUCCGUCCCGAGCUAUGCUCGCCGGCGCUGAGGAAAGACGCUCCCCUCCGGCCUUGCCUCGCCGCUGCCUCCUCUCCGGCUGAGGGAAGUGAUUCCGCCGGGGAGGCGAAAGUGGCUCCGGUCGGGUUUUUCGAUAAGUAUCCGGCGCUGGUGACUGGAUUCUUCUUCUUCAUGUGGUACUUUUUGAAUGUGAUCUUUAACAUCCUCAACAAGAAGAUCUACAAUUACUUCCCGUAUCCAUACUUUGUCUCGGUUAUCCAUUUAUUCGUGGGCGUGGCGUACUGUCUUGUGAGCUGGGCCGUGGGCCUACCCAAGCGAGCUCCCAUAGACUCGAACCUGCUGAAGGUGCUGAUUCCUGUGGCAGUGUGUCACGCGCUAGGCCACGUGACCAGCAAUGUGUCAUUUGCAGCUGUUGCGGUUUCCUUCACACACACCGUUAAAGCUCUGGAGCCAUUCUUCAAUGCCGCUGCUUCCCAAUUCAUACUUGGCCAGCCAAUUCCUUUUACCCUCUGGCUCUCUCUGGCUCCUGUUGUUAUUGGUGUGUCAAUGGCUUCACUGACUGAGCUCUCAUUCAAUUGGACUGGUUUUAUAAGCGCUAUGAUUUCAAACAUUUCAUUCACAUAUCGCAGUAUCUAUUCAAAGAAGGCUAUGACUGAUAUGGACAGUACAAAUGUGUAUGCCUACAUUUCCAUAAUUGCCCUAAUUGUCUGCAUACCACCAGCCAUAAUUUUCGAGGGGCCUGCACUGAUGAAGGGUGGUUUCAGUGAUGCAAUUGCUAAAGUUGGUACUGUCAAGUUCGUGUCAGAUCUUUUCUGGGUCGGAAUGUUUUACCACCUCUACAAUCAGCUGGCCACCAACACUCUGGAGAGGGUGGCUCCUCUGACUCAUGCAGUUGGGAAUGUACUGAAACGUGUGUUUGUGAUUGGCUUCUCAAUCAUAAUCUUUGGCAACAAGAUCUCCACCCAAACUGGUAUUGGAACAUGCAUUGCAAUAGCAGGAGUGGCCAUCUAUUCUUUCAUCAAAGCCAAGAUGGAAGAGGAGAAACGACAAGCGAAAGCGGCAUAAGGAAAAAGAGACGUGCGUCUGAGCGCUGGAAAUCAUAUCAAUCAUCACAGAUUUGCUUCAAAAAUAAUAGAGUGAUGGCUCCAUAUUGUAUUAUCCUUUCCUUGUAAUAAUUUCUGUUUCUUCCUCUCCCUCUCACCCUUGUCAAUUUUCUCAUCCUCUUUUUUGAUUCUAUCAAAAACCAAAGUAUUUCUGUUUGCUGAUUCGCAAUCAUCUCAUGUUGACUGAACCAUGAUGUAUUCAUGAUUCCCUCGGGACAUGUUUAAGCUCUCCUUUUCAAUUCCCUUGGUCUCAGAAAUUGAUAAUAAUACUGCUUCUCA